AUGACAGACACCACUCCACUUAAUAAUCAAACUAUACUGCAAACCAAAACAUUACAAAAGAGAAAUAGGAAAGUAUUAAGUUGUGAUAGAUGUAGAAUGAGAAAAAUAAAAUGUGAUAGACGACAGCCUUGUUCAACUUGUAUUAAAUUAAAACAUGAUUGCUUAUAUACUGAAUCAAUUGAAAGUAUGAAAAUUUCAAAAAUAAAGAAACAACAACAACAACAAAAAAAAGAGAAAUCCAUACGAAAUAAUGGUGACUCUAGAUCGACGACUACUGAUUCAAUACCAAGUGAUGAACAAUUGGAUGAAAUAUUAGAAAUCAAACGUAAAAUAGCAGAUUUAGAAUUAAAAUUAGGUAAAAAAUCAUCAUCAUCUCCCACCACCAAGAAUUCAAUUAAAAUACCAGAAGGUGAAAUAAAUUUUCAAUAUUGUUUUCAAGAAUGGAAACCUUUAAUUUUAUCACAUAGACCAUUUCCCUACUUAUUAUUAAUGAGAAGAGAUGUUGGAGCAAAAUUAUUAUGGAAUUAUAUGAUACUGAGUGCAAAAGCUCAUAAAAAUAUAUUUGAUACUUCUGUAUUAUUAAAUGAUGUUAAACAAGAAAAAUUAGAAAAUUUAAAAAAUCAAUCUAAAAUAAUAUUUGGUCAAUCUCAUAUUCCUGAAAUUGAAGAAAAUAUUGAUAUAAAUGAAGUUAAAAUUAUUAUAGGAUUAAAUGAAAAAUCUUUAAAUUUUGCUUCUCCUGGUAUAAAUUUUAAUGAUCCAAUUUCUUCUUAUUUUAAUUUAAUUCCACCAGCUUGGGUAAAUAAAAAAUUAUUAAAUAUUUUUUUUAAAGAUAUUUAUCCUUUAAUGCCAAUUAUAGAUGAAAUUGAAUUUAGAUCUUCAUUAAAUAGAAUCUUGGGACCAGAAAUUAGUGAUGAUUAUAUGAAUACUUUUCCAAAUGUUGAUUCUUCAAAUGAUUUAGCGAUAUUAGCAAUGCAUUUAAUUAUAUUAAGAUUAACUUAUUUAUCAUUAUUAGAUAUGAAUGGUGAAAGUGAUUGUAAAUUAAGUAAAUAUCCAGUUACUUAUGAUGCAUUUAGAGCUGCAGAAACAAUCUUGAAAGAAUUUGAUUUUACAAGAAAACAAAGUUUCCCCGUAUUACAAGCAGGGAUUAUGAUUAGAUUAUAUUUAAUUUUAUCACUGGAAAAUACAACAACUGGAAGUGUUGUACAAAUUACAAUGGGUGCAAUUGUUCAAUUAUGUUAUUCAAUUGGUCUUAAUCGAGAUCCAAAAUGUUAUUAUAAUUUAUCACCAAAAAUGCAAAAUCUUCGACGUAAAAUUUGGCAUUUUAUAGUAAGAUUAGAUAUUUUAAAUUCUUUAAUUUUUGGUACUACAUUAUCUACAAAUCCUCAAACUUAUGAUUGUUCAUUACCAACAUUUGAUAAUGAAUCAGCUAAUUGUUCUGAUUUAGAAGUUGAAAAAGCAAUAAUAACAUCUUUUCAUAAAUAUCAAUCAUUAUUUAAAUUAGGUAGAAAAUUAGCAAAAUAUCAAUUAACUGUGGAAACAAAUAUUAAAGUUACUGAUUUAUUUAAAUUAUUAGAUGAAUUAGAACAAGAACUUUCAUCAAGUGUUGGAAAUAUUAAAGCUAAAACUCAACAAUAUGAACUUGAUUCUAUAAGUUUAUUAGAUAUUAAAAUUUAUAUUCAAUUUAAAUUUAAUUUAUUAUAUGUUUAUUUUACAUUAUAUUUAUAUUAUGAAGAAUUAAAUGAUAUUGAAACACAAUCAAAUUAUUUUAUGAAAUCAAUGAAAAUUUUAACAGAAGAUUUAUCAUUUUUAAACACCUACAUCUUCCAGAAACAUAGACCAUAUUCAGUUAUGUUAUUUACUGUUUCAUUAACAGAAGUUUAUCUUCAUAUAAAUAAUUUAAUUUUUUGUUUUAUAAGAUUAAGAGUUAAUUGUAAUUUACAUGAACUGUUAGAAAAUAAAUCAAAUUCUGAUCAAGUUAUAUUAAGUAGACUUAAUUAUCUUUUAAGAGAAUAUGGUCAUGCUCAAGUAUUGCUACUAGGAGAUAUUUCAUCAAGAUUCAAAUAUUCAAUAAUGUUACGUCGAAUUCACUUACUUUGUUCAAAAUUAACAGAAAAUUUACCAGAUAUUUUAUCAUUUAAUAAUCAAGAAAAUAUAAAAUUAGCAGGAUUAAAAAUUCCAAUUGAAAUUUUAAAAAAUUUUGGAAAUUUAAUGUUUCAAAAUUUACCUCAUAAAGAUAGAGAUUUAUUUAAUUUAAGUGAUGGAGAAUUAAUAAUGGAAAUGAGAAGAGAAAAUAUGUGGAAUCAAUUAAAAAAAAUUCAAACUGAAGAAAUGGUUACAAGUUCAUGGAUUGAUAAAACAAAAAGAUUUAAUAAAUUAACAGAAGAUUUAGAAAUUCCUGGAUUAAAUUUAAAUUUUUUAACUUUUGAUACAACUUCUUAUAAUUAUUAA